UGGAGGGUUACCAGUUUAAGAUUGCCCUGCUUCCUUGGAGGUGAAGCAGAGGCAGUCUUGGCAGUAUGAGAAUCACCCUCUCUACCUUCUUGUACAUCUCCAUGCUUCCCUUGAUACAGGGAGAUACAAAGAAGGGCACACAGACAACUUGUGGCCAGGUGAAAACAAAGAGCAAAAACCGUAUCGUUGGGGGAGAGGAUGCCUCGCGAGGUGCCUGGCCGUGGCAAGUGAGCCUCCAAUACAAGGGGAAGCAUGCCUGUGGGGGAACCCUCAUCAGUGCCGAAUGGGUUCUGACUGCAGCCCACUGUUUCCCAAGCAAGGCAAUACUCUCUGAAUACCAAGUAAAUUUAGGAAACUACCAGCUUGUGAAGCCAGAACCGAAUGCGCUGUGGGUGAAGGUUUCCCGGGUGAUUGCACAUGAGGACUAUGCUGGGGAUGGGACCAGUGGUGAUAUAGCCCUAGCUCAGUUGGAACGUCCGAUCCGCUUCACUGAAAGUAUCCUACCAGCUUGUCUCCCAGAUGCUACAGUCUGGUUUAGGGGUGGCACCUUUUGCUGGGUGACAGGAUGGGGAGCCCCAGUAUAUGGAGCAUCCCUUGGUGGUCCAAAAACAUUGCAACAGAUUAAGCUGCCUUUGAUAGACACGCUGCACUGUGAUGCCUUGUACCAUAUUGGUACAAGUAUUAGCCCCAGUACUCGAGAAAUCCAGGAUGAUAUGAUCUGCGCUGGCUACGCUACAGGAAAGAAAGACGCUUGUUUGGGUGACUCUGGAGGUCCCUUGGUUUGCCAAGACAGUGGUGCUUGGUAUGUGGCAGGUGUUGUGAGCUGGGGUGACAUGUGUGCCCUGCCCAACCGCCCAGGUGUCUACACUCUUGUCAACUACUAUGAGAACUGGAUAAAGAAACACCACCCCAGAGCCCAAUUUGGCCUCGUGAACAUCACCUACUACCAAGUGACACCGUCUGCCUCUGCCUCUGGCCUAAUCCACCAAAAUUUCCAGUUAUUUCUUCUGCUGACAGUCACCUGCUUCAUUGGGACCCUUCUGACAUAGAAGGGUAAUAGGAUGGUCAAAUGUUUACCUGUUGGAGAUAAUGCAUUAUGGAAUGAAAGACUCUUUCUAGUACCUUCCAUUACAAAUUGGUCUGAAGAUUAUUGGUAAUGCAGUGGCUUCUGCUGCUUUAUCAUACAUCCUAGUUGACAUCUUAGAAGCCUAGUUCUUUCUGAACUGAUAGAUUUUGGAAAAUUCCAGAAAGUUCUAUGUUUUGUCAUCACUAUCAUCAUUGUCGUCAUCAUUAUCACAGUCAUCUCAACAUGGGGUUUUAUGGACCCACAGCCUCAUUGGAGGUAAGGCUAUGAAGAAUUUUUAUCCACAAAGGAGCAGGACUUCUUCAUUUCAAAAACUGCUUUACAUCUCUUCCCCUGCCUCCCCUGAAUUAUCCCUCCUAUUGGAAAAAUGGGGCUCUUGCAUUGUGCUCCAAAUGGUGCUAUUUAUGUAAACUAGUGAAUAUAUGCAUAUUUGCACAAUAUAUGUUGACUGUAGAUUUUCUCUAUCAAUAGCUGAAUUCAUACAUGGUUGAGGGUAACAUAAGA